AUGGCUUUUCCUCAGAAGGAUUGUAACCGGUCCAUCGACGCGGUCGUGCACAGUACUGCCCACUAUCCCAAUAGGCACCAUGGUCCCUCCUCGGACUCGGUCUACGGCCGAAUUCAAAGACCUCCUCACGAAUCGGAUCGAUCUCCUACCCAGGCAUUUUCUCAUUACGAAACAAUGCUAAAGUACGCACGCUCAAACAUUGAUCCGGAUAACAAGGAAGUGGUGUGUGGUCCUCUGCUGAACUACCGACAUAUGGAGGGGGAUCGCUGGAUCGGGAGCAUCCUGAUAGUGACGAAGCGGAAAGGCGAAAUCCCGCAGGCAGAACCGACUCUGCUUCUCCGUCGAUCCAUUGACGAGGAUGAUGCAUCUCAGGCGGACCCCUAUACUCGCGUCAAGGGGUCUCUGCUAUACUCUGAUUGCCGGUGCAGCUUCUGGAGAUUCGAUAUAAGUGUGACGAUGGAGUCGACGGACAGCAGGUGGGAAUACACUAUUGCAGAAGUGGAUUUUCAGCAUAGAGUCAGAGGACUCACACAUUCCUUUGUUGUACCGUCCUGCCACGAGUCCAUGCGCAUCAUGUUCUAUUCUUGUAACGGGUGGUGCGAUGGAGCAGAGGAAGGAGAAUGGAAUCAUCUUUCUCUUUGGAAGGAUGUUCUGAGACGUCAUGGUGAAGUACCCUUUCAUGUCAUGAUUGGCGGAGGCGAUCAGAUCUAUAAUGAUGAAAUCUAUCAGUCAGGUCCAUUGCUGGAAUGGACCAAGAUUGAAGAUCCCCGCGAGAGACUACGAUAUCAAUGCUCAAGGGAGCUCCAGCAGGCCUGCGAUGACUGGUACCUUGCUAAUUACAUUCGCUGGUAUAAUACUGAGCCUUUCGCCUCCGCCCUGUGCCAAAUCCCGUCACUCAAUAUAUGGGAUGAUCACGACAUCAUCGACGGAUUUGGAUCAUAUGCCAAGGAGACCAUGGAGUGUCCGGACAAGGUAUUCCAAACCGUCGGUGCGCUCGCUCAUAAAUACUAUAUGAUGUUCCAGCAUCAUCUUCCUCCUACCAAGUGGAAUCCACACAUUCUGGAACCGUAUAUUGCAGAUCCCAGACCCGAACCCCAAUAUAUCCUCGGAAUGAAACCCGGGCCCUACAUUGCGGCUCAUUCGCACAGCAUCUUCACGCGGCUGGGUGCAAGAAUGGCGUUCUUAGGGGUAGAUGCUCGGACCGAGAGGACCCGCGAGCAAACAAACUACCCUGAGACCUACGACCGUCUCUUUUCCCGAGUGCACGGAGGACUGGACGCGGCAGCGCGAUCCGAUCGGCCGAUUAGGCACCUGGUCUUGCUGUUUGGCAUUCCGCUUGCUUAUCCGCCCCUCACCUGGCUUGAAAACGCCUUUGAAGGCUCUGCUGGGCGUUCGUUCCAACGCCUGAGUCACAAGCUAGCCAUUGGUAAGGCCUCCAGAAAAUUGACUAAAAAAGCACAAAGCUUAGAUGGUAUGCGCGCAGGCGAAAAUGCGAUUAACCGGUUUGACGGCGCUAUCGAGCUUCUAGACGAUCUCAACGACCACUAUACGUCCAAGGACCAUCAAGCCGAGCGUCGAUAUCUGAUAGAGCGGAUCCAGUCCAUCUGCGCGGCGCAUUCCGUCCGCGCCACGAUCCUAAGCGGUGAUGUCCAUCUCGCUGCCGUGGGUCGAUUCUUCACCAAACAUAAAGGCCAUAUCCCAGAAAUCGAGGCAGACUUUCGGUUCAUGACGAACAUCAUCUCAUCAGCGAUCGUGAAUCAACCGCCCCCCGAGGCGGUGGCCAAACUGAUUUCGCACGCCGACAAAAUCCGAGAACUGAAUGCAGAGACAGAAGAGACUCUUUUCAAGGUCUUUAGAGAGGACUCCCGGGAUUCCAAGCGGGAGCCCAAGGGGACCGCGGUGGCCAUGCCCCGCCGCAAUUUCACAAUCAUCACAGAAAACUCGCCCAAUAACCGCGGCCGCGACACCCAUGGCUUCAAACUGUCCCUGCGACAGUUCCUGGCGAAGCAUGGACAUCGGCCUCUGCAUUUGGCAGAAGCCAACGCGGGCAGACGACAUAUUGCUGCUUCGGAGCAACAUGGACAAGGCAAUGAUGGCAGUUUGGAUGUGUGCAUUUGUGUGGAAACCGAUCACAGAGACACCUGGGGCAAGACGGAAGGCUUCGGCUUUACCAUUCCGGUGCUUGAUUAUCAUGGUUCUUGCAGUUCAAUGAAUUCCAAGUAA